AUGGUCAAGAGGGUUAGUUCUCAGAAUCUCAGUCUAUACUUCACCCGCCACCGAGCCACCGAGCAGAACUUGACUGGCUGGGUCCGGAACACGGAUACCAACAAGGUCGAAGGCGAAGCCCAAGGCGAGGAAUCCGCGCUUGCUACAUUCCUCAAACACCUCGAUACUGGCCCGUCCCAUGCGCGUGUAGUGAAGCUGGAUAAAAAGGAUAGGGAGGUCGUGGAGGAUGAGACGGGGUUUGAGAUUCGGCGAUGA